AUGAAGAAUACACGCAUUCGGUAUCCAGAUCUUGCCAACAAGUUAGCAUCAUCAGACUUAUUUCCAACUCGCCCCAAGGGCACGGACUUGUUGGCGGUUCAACCGCCUGUCCUUGGAGGAAUCGGUCAGCUGCCACAAACCAGGCGGCAGGAGAUUGUAGUAGACGAAUUGAAAUCGGCGAUUUUACACCACUCUACUGGAGUCAAAAUGGCACACAAUGAAUACGUUUCUGGUCUGAACGAUGCUUCUCAGCGACCGCCCUCACUAGAGUUCAUCAAUUGUUUCCUCUCACUUGCCUUUCUUGCCAUUCGUAUUGCAACAAAUUUUUGGAGAGUUUGGCCUACCUUCUCCUAUCUCGCUUCUAUUCUCCUCAUAGUUACUGCUAUUUACCUUGUUGUUGAGUACGCAGCUGUCAGUUUGUUGGUGCAAUUGACAGCUUGUCUCACCACAAGUUCAAACUCAAGUUUCAUCUAUGGAACUCUACUUAUGGUGAGGUUACCAAUGAGAUUGACAUCUUGGCAAAUGGUCCUUCUUAGCGCCAUUGGUUUUGUGGUAAGCCUAAGUAGUUAUGUGAUUCUUUUUCAUCUGGGCGUUCGUCACUUCUAUAAAGCAAUUCAAAAGAAUUACUACACUGUCGCGAAUGUCCUUAGACUUACUAAAGGAAACUCGAAUGGCGCAUAUAGAUUGCAGCGACCAUCAACAGCUUGGAGUGAAAUCCCAUCAUUCAAUGAAAAGGAGGGCUAUUGCGAUUGCCACCGUCGACCACUAUACAAUCGUACCCUCAUUAUCUUUGGUUUUCUUUCACUCAUUGCUAAUAUUACCAUUCGACUGCCAUGUUUAUGCGAUAUAUUUCUCCUCUAUUGGAAUGAAAAAGACUAUCUUUGUCUUACUGCUGUCGUACUUUUCGUUUGUGUUCAUUUAGCAUGGCUUAUGAUUUGGUUCGGAUUCGCCAUGAAGCAGAAAUGGAACUUCCAUAUGCCUUAUCCAGGAACCGUUCCCCAGGGCAUGGAUCCAAGCACCCAAAGUCAAUUUCUAUCAGACCCACCAAUUCAAGGACAGUUAACUUACUCUCCAAUUCCAGAGUGUGAUGAGGAAGCCUCAUUGUCAUUAAGAAAUCAGACAUUUUUCUCGCCCUUGCAGCUCCAAAAUCCAGACGUAUCUUUUCAGCCACCAAUUUCCCUACCCUCUACUCAAAUGCUUCAUAACUUAAAUAGCCCUAGAUACUCGUUUAGAAUUCCAAUUUCAAACGAAAUAAUGACAAACAAAUUAUGCGAAACCCAUCAAUCUAAUGGUGGGAGCGAAACGCCUCCGAUAGUGGGCCGAUAUUUUCUCACACCCACUGGACAAAAGUAUGCUUCGAUAAGACGGUUUAACCAAUGGGAUGUGGAGCCACCUAAUGAAAAUAAGCAAAAUGUGUUGAUUAAUGUCUCGGCGACAUGUCCCCAUAGUCAAACUGAUCGUGGCCCUCGAACGAUAUCCGGUGAAACUGCAAGGAGUAGUGAUACUCGACCCCAGUCGGUAGUCCUACAACCAAUAGAUGAUGGGAGCGCACUAUUAAGGGUUACACCAAUCGCCACACGGGAGAAUAGUCGAAGUACGGCCAGUUCUGGAGAUCAUGUUUGCAGCCGAGUUUAA